GCCGGGCGCCUCAGCGGGCUCGCUUUCCGGCGGCGCGCGGGUCCCGCUUGUCGCUUGCCCCCCCCUCCGGCCUCCGGCCUCCGGCCCCUGGCCCCGGCGGCAGGUCCUGUGUGGCGCCGCACUGGCCUCACCUGCGAGGUGGCCUUAGCCAGGGCCCCCGUCUCGCGGAUCCGCGGUCCCGUGGGUGCCGGAGGCUGUUCAAGACCCCUCCGGCGACUGAGGACCCGAACCCAGGACGGCCAGUCCGCGGGCUGCCCGGGCCGGCGCAGGGCCGGGCGAUGCCCCUCCAUGUGCGCUGGCCGUUCCCCGCUGUCCCGCGGCUCACAUGGACCCUGGCCAGCAGCGUCGUCAUGGGGCUGGUGGGCACCUACAGCUGCUUCUGGACCAAGUACAUGAACCAUCUCAGUGUCCAUAACAAGGAGGUGCUGUACGAGCUCAUCGAGAACCGAGACCCCAGCACGCCCCUCAUCACCGUCUCCAACCACCAGUCUUGCAUGGACGAUCCUCACCUCUGGGGGAUCCUGAAGCUCCGCCACAUCUGGAACCUGAAGCUCAUGCGCUGGACCCCGGCGGCGGCGGACAUCUGCUUCACCAAGGAGCUGCACUCUCGCUUCUUCAGCCUGGGCAAGUGUGUGCCCGUGUGCCGGGGAGAUGGCGUCUACCAGCGGGGCAUGGACUUCAUCCUGGAAAAGCUCAACCACGGAGAUUGGGUGCACAUCUUCCCAGAAGGGAAGGUGAACAUGAGCUCUGAGUUCCUGCGCUUCAAGUGGGGUGAGCCCUGCUGGCUGCCCUGGGCCAGGCCUGUGGGCGGCAGGGGACGGGGGCCAGGCAGUGAUCCGGGUGCUACCUGGCAAGUGGGUCUCAGUGGGAACUGGCAGGGUGGUGCUGGCUGGGUUGGGGCAGGAUGGCUGGGCACAGCCCAUGCCAGCCUUUCUGCCACUUCCCUGGCAGGAAUCGGGCGCCUGAUUGCUGAGUGUCACUUGAACCCUAUCAUUCUGCCGCUGUGGCACGUGGGAAUGAACGACGUCCUUCCUAACAGUCCACCUUACUUUCCUCGCUUCGGGCAGAAAAUCACCGUGCUCAUCGGGAGGCCCUUCAGCAUGCUGCCAGUGCUUGAGCGGCUCCGGCUGGAGAACAAGUCAGCUGUGGAGAUGCGCAAGGCCCUGACAGACUUCAUCCAGGAAGAGUUCCAGUGCCUAAAGAGCCAGGCCGAGCAGCUGCACAACCACCUGCAGUCGGGGAGCUAGGGGCCCGAGCCCAGCCACAGCUAGGCCUAGGUUGGCGUGCUGGGCUCCGAGUGGUGCCAGGUGGGCGUGGACCCUGCCCUGUGCCUGCUUCCAGCUGGUGCUCUAGCCCAAGGAAGGGCUCUGCUGCCGUCCUCUGGGCCAUGGAGCAAGAGGAGGCUGAGGCGGGGCCACUCCUAGGGCUGGCGUUGGGAGAGGCAGAGUGGGCACCUCAGUGGGGACAGGUGGCCUCUUCCCACCCACUCUUGCCGGUCCAGAAGUUGCUCAGGGAUGGCUGUUGCCAUGUCUUCCUUUUUUUUGUUUUGAGACAGUGGCUUACUGUGUAGUACAGGCCAGUAGGAAUUGACUUGGUAACUCAGGCAGGUCUGGAACUUGCAGUGAUUCUCCUGCCUCAGCCUCCCAGGUGUUGGGAUGACAGGUGUGUGCCGCCAUGUCCAGUUCCCAUGUCUUCCUUCUAAAGCCCAGGUUUCCCACUUCGGGGCCUGGGCCAGGACAAGGUGGCCACAGGGUCUAGCCAAUAAGUAGCAAGAGUAGAAGAUGAGGUAUGUCCAGGUAGACCUUGGUCACCCUGUGCAGGGCUAUGACCUCCCACCCACCGUCUGCUGUCCAAGCCCUCUUGUCCUGGCUCAGGGUUUCUGUGUGUUUUCAACAAUAAAGCAUUUGUGUCAUGCUGUUGUA